CCAUUUUACUGUCAUUAACACAUCAUUCAUUCCGUUUUACCUAAUUUAUGGCUAUAUUUUUAUUUUGCAAUUUUGUCAAUAACAUUAAAUAGGUGCCUAGUAAAUAAUACAUUCGUAUAUUAUUUUAUUAUAGAUCAAAUAAAUUGUUCUUAGUAUAUUAUAAUUCUGCUUAACUGUCGUCCACUGCAAAGUAGAACAAUAACGGUAGACGCCGUUCUAUUUCGAGUCCUCCAAAACUUAUUAUGCCUCAUGAUUUAAAAGAGCUGAGCGUGAGGAAAGCGCUAAUGGCUCCACUGUCACCGACUCCGUGUGCGGAGAUCAGCGACGAUGAGCUGGUCUCCAUCUCAGUGCGAGAUCUUAACCGGCAGCUGAAGAUGAGAGGCCUCACACGAGAUCAAAUUGUUAGAAUGAAACAACGGCGGCGAACUUUAAAAAAUCGUGGUUACGCAGCGUCGUGCCGCAUCAAGCGAAUCGAGCAGAAAGACGAGUUGGAAACUGAGAAAAGUCAGGAAUGGCAUGAUAUGGAGAUGAUGCAGGAAGAGAACACCAGGAUCCGCGAGGAGAUAGACGCGCUCCGAGGGAAGUAUGACGCCCUGAAGAGAUUUGCGAUCAUGAAAAACAUACCGCUACCGCCGGAACUGGAGAUGCUUCCAUAAAAUUAUUAUUAAUUUAUAUAUAUUAGACAUAUAAGUACGACUAAGGAUUUACUGAUGAUAAAGAAAAAAUUAAAAUGAAAAAUGUUAAUUACAUUUAUUUUAUUCCAAGUAUGCUUUGUAUUGUAUUGCAAUGUAUUGUAUUUGUAUAGUAUUGUACAGUACCUAACCUCUUAUGUAAUUUUGCAUAUUUCCCGGUACGAAUUCCGACAUUUUCAAUUGAAUCAUAACUUGUAUUACACUAAAGCCUAAUAUUUUUAUUAUGUUUACUAGAAUCUAAUAUAUAAAGUUCUCCUGUAGCGGUGUUUGUUACCAAACUCCUCCGAAACGGUUUUACUGAUUUUUAUGAAAUCUUGUGUAUAUAUCGGGUAGAUCUGAGAAUCGGCUAACAUAAUUCUUAUAUCUCUCAAUGAUAAGGGUUGCCUACCCCUAAUUUUUUUUAUUUUUUAUAAUAUGAUGGGAAAGUCCUUGUCACCCCAUUGUCAAACUUGUGAUACCAUCGAUGAUGUGCAUCAUAUUCUAUUAGAGUGUCGUAUUAACACGAAGGAAAGAGAAGAAUUCAUGCGCCACUUUAACUUAAAUAAAUUUAAUAUUGGUCUUAUUCAAUCUAUGUUAGCUGAACUUAAACCAGAAAUUUUUGAACAUCUCUGUAAAUUAUUGAUGCCCAUUAAUUCUUCUCUUUCCGCAUCUAGGGAAAGUAGAUAAAGUUUUGUUUGAGAAAUCAGUUCAGGGUACGAUAGGGCUGAUAUAUCUGAAGAAGGUAAAAGCCCUUUAAAUAAUAAUAAUAAA